CCUAACAAAAACCCUUUCCUACGUCAUCAAUCUAGCUUCCUCGUCGAGUCGUCGGUGGUUCUGGCCUCCUCGCCAGUCGCCGGUGGGUCUCUUUUCUCGCCUCCUCUCCAGAUUUGUAUGAGUCCUACUCAAGCAGCAAUGAUUUCUACACUUUGCAAGAGUGGAGGUUCGGCUUAUGCGACGAAGACGAGAUUUAGCACAAAACGCUACGCUUCUGACAGGCGCAGCUGAAGAAUGAUAGGGAAGAUAUUAAAGAGCUUCUUCAAACUAAGGCGCUAUCUGAGCUUCAUGAUCAAAUCCCUCCUUUCCCUAGAGCUAUUGCAAUGAAGAUCAUCGAGGAUGAAUUAGGAUGAAUUGGUUUCUCUAAAGGAGUCUAAAUUUCAAUAUUUUAGGUUAUUUCAGCUGGGCAUUUUGAAAAAGAUUACCAAGAGGAAAUGAUAUCCGCUUGUAUGCCGAUGAACUUGGAAGAGGCUUAAUGGGAGAGUUAGACUAUGGAUUGGAAGCUGCAAAUGCAUCCCGUUUCUUGGAGGCGCAUUCAUCCUUUCCAUUCAUUCGCGUUCCAAAAGUUUUUCCACAACUCACAAGAAAAAAGGUGCUGACCAUGGAAUGGGUGGCUGGCGAAAAUCCAAAUGAUUUUGUAAUGGAUCUAAAUAUGAUAGUUCUGCAUACUCCGAGAAACAGACAGUUAAAGCGAAGCAACACAUUGAUUUGGAACACCCUAGGCACCAUGAAGAAUAACCAAAAUGUUGUUGGGCAUGAAUCAGAAGGUGGCAGUGAUCGAGUUAUUACUCCCACAACAGGUGACGAAUCACAAGGUAUAUACUCUGAGGAAUGCGCCUUAUGCUAGUAAGGAAUUGAUGUGGUUCGUGAGCAAUUGGCUAAGUUUUUUACCAGCAAGUAUUUAUUAUUGGCUGAGCGCGCUUGGUCGAGUUGUUUGAUAUUAAAAUGUAUGCGUACGUUGAAAUUGGAACGAACAAAUAUUUAAAUGUAGUACCUGCACUUUGGUUUUGGGAUAUAUUAAUAUACAAAACAACAGUUAUUGUU